CGGACAGACGCCGCCAGAGCCAGGCCAAGGCGAGCAGUAGAUGGAGCGAGCCCAUCACUCGCUGCGCCUUUCCCUGCACGCGUCCAAUCGAGUCGCCCUCCUCGUCGUCUCCUCCUCCUCCUCCUCCCGUUCCGUCUCGCCCCGUCCGUCGCUCGCGUCGGCCCCCCCGGCAUCAUUGCCGAUCACUGCACGCCCUUCUUCUCCGGACACCGCGCGUCCACUCCUCUCCUACACCCUUCUCUCGCCACCCUCGCUCGCAGCCUAGACCCGUCGUCUCCUCGCCUGCCCCAGUCCUCGUGGUGCGAGCCAGAAGACAUGAGCAGCGCCAGGUGCGUCAAGCUUCUGCUGCUGGUCACGCUGAUCCCGCUGGCGCUCAGGGCGGCCUCGCUGCUCCUCGGUGGCGCCGCCGUGCCGGCGCCGUCCCACCACCGGCAAUCCGCGACCAGGAGGAGCAGAGGCGCCGGCGAUGCUACCGCCACCGCCACUGCCACCGCCGCCGUCCGUGCGAGCGUCUCGGCCGGUUUGGUGCCCGGACGACGGUCGUACCGCCAGACGAGGCGCCGGCGGCGGACCGAGGGCGCCCUCGCCGCCUCGGACGGCGCGAGGCGGCUCCGGCAGGCCGGCGGCGGCGGCGGCUGGUUCGAGGACGACAAGAGGCUCGCGCCCACGGGGUCCAACCCGCUGCACAACCUGCGAUGACGCCGGCUCGCCGACCUGCUGCCGCGCCCGCCGCUGCUCAGCUCGUGAAUCCAUCUUGCAGCCUUGCAGGUCAGCGGCAAUGGCGAUGAGAUUUUGGCUCCCGGUGGUAACGCCUACGAUCUGAAUAUUGAAUCCGCGAUGUCUUCGAUACCAGCGUGUGCAUACUCCAUUCUUGAGGGUCCAUGUACAUACAGUUUGAACACUUCUGAAUUGAAUUGGUGUGAAGAAAUACUACCUGCGCAUGUCAUGCUUGCCUGCGA